UGUCCAUGAAGUCAUGGAUUUUGCGCAUGAGAAAUUCAGCAAAGUGCUCCUGUAUAAUGAUAUUAAAAACAUGCGAGCUAUGAUGAAUAAACGUAAGUCGUAUCAAAAUAAAUGGGACAGUAGAGUAGAAAUCGGUAGUUUAGAAGACCUUCUUCAUCGACUGAGGCAGACAGGUCCAGUUAGUGUUCUGCAGGACAAUGCAGACUUUGUAUCGAAAAUUAUUUUCGCGCGUAAUGAUAUGAUAGACCUCUAUCAUAAGUUUCCAGAAGUAGUUGGAAUUGAUUCUACCUAUAAAACGAAUAAGAUGGGAUGGCCUUUAUAUCAGUUUGUUGUGACUGAUGGAUUCGGAAGAGGAAGGACUGUUUUGUUUGCUGUUACUAGGAGGGAACGGUUUGCAGAUAUGAAGGAGAUAUUGCAAACGUUUAAGGGAUUUAUGGGUGAUAUAUCGAAAACACAAACAUUCACUGUCGACUGUGCAACUGCACAGAUCAAAGCUAUAAAGGAGGAAUUCCCCAGGUGCAGCAUUAUUUUAUGUCUUUUCCAUGUAUGCCAGGCAUUCAGAAGGAGGGUAAGUUUCAUUCCCAUUAACUAACAUAGCGAAAACA